AUGGGUAAGGCGUCAAAGUGGUUUCGCGGGCUUCUCGGUCUCAAAAAAACAGACCAUAAUACCUCACCGGCGAAGCCACCCAAAGAGAAACGCCGAUGGAGCUUCGUUAAAUCAUACACAGAGAAGGACAACAACACUGCUGCCACGUGUCUACAACAAGGAAACAACAACAGUAACCAUGCCAUGGCAGUGGCAGCAGCCACUGCUGCGGUGGCGGAAGCGGCUGUGGCUGCCGCUGAAGCGGCCGCCGUCGUUGUCAGACUUACAAGCAACAGCGGUAGAUGCGCCGACGCGGGACCCACAAGGAUUCGCCAACAUUGGGCCGCCGUUAAGAUCCAAGCCGCUUUUCGAGGCUGUUUGGCAAGGAGAGCACUGAGAGCAUUAAAGGGGUUGGUAAAGCUCCAAGCAUUGGUGAGAGGUCACAUUGAGAGGAAGCGUACGGCACAGUGGCUGAAAAGAGUGCAUACCCUCUUGCAUGCACAGGCACAAGUCUCUGCAGGGUUGGCUCAGCAUGCCUCACCUUCAAGCGCAAAGUUAUCUAGCCACCUCCAUGGUCCAGAAACACCCGAAAAAUUUGAAAGUCCCAUCAGAUCUAAGAGCAUGAAACAUGAGCAAUCACCUAUACUCAAGAGAAAUGGCUUCAAAUCCUGUGUCCAGAUCAAUGGCUAUCAAGAGAUAUGUGGAAGUAGAUCAGAGAAUCAAGUAACUGAACAAUCAUGGAACUCGGCAAGAUCAUUGAUAAGAACAUAUAGUUCCAAUGAUGAAAGAAAUGACAGGGUUCUUGAAGUUGAUUCUGGAAAACCACACUUCCCAAAGCGUAGAAACCUCUCUUACUCCACAGGUUCUGAUCAUUAUAGUAAGAGUUUGAACAGCACAAAGGAGUCAACUUCUCUUCAAUCGGGUCAAAGUCCAUGUGGUGAAGUUCAGUCUUACAGUUACAGCUCACAAAAAGCCAACGAGGUUGAAGAGAGCCCAUUCUGCACUGCUGACAAUAGUCCACAAUUCUUAUCAGCCACUUCUAAAGACGAUGGCUUCAAAAGAAGCCCUUUUACUCCCACAAGGAGUGAUGGCUCUAGAAGCUACAUUCGUGGUUAUCCUGACUACCCAAGUUAUAUGGCAUGCACCGAGUCUUCAAAAGCAAAGGUCAGAUCCCUGAGUGCCCCAAAACAAAGGCCAAAUAGUGAGAGGCCUGGUUCAUCUAAUAGAUACUCACUUAAUGGAUUUGAUAUGUCAAGAUUGGCCACACAAAGGGCAAUGCAUGCAAGCUUCACCAACAAGGCAUAUCCAGGUUCUGGUCGUUUGGACAAGCUUGGUAUGCCUGUGGGGUACAGAUACUGA